AUGAUCCAAAAGCUCUUGGACAAAUCCCCCGUGUCCCUGGAUAUUAGGGAACAAGGAAAAGUCAUUUUGCGACUGCGUGAGGUGGAGCGAAGGGUCUCCAUGCCCCAAGGAACAGACCUAAAGACCAAGGACCUCAAAACUAAAGCUAAAGAGGCGGCUAGAAGUCUCCGGGAAGAGCUGGGACCCAUCUCCUCCGCCCUGCUCCAGAGCGACUGGUUUGUGGAGGCAGCGGUGAGAAAUCUGAACAUCCUGCUCCAAGACUUCGACGAGGACCGAGGCCGACGACCAGGACGCUUCUUCCUCCGAGUUCUUAAAAUGUUCAGGACCAGGAGGAGCAGAGUGUCGCCUGGUCCUCUGAGAGCAUACCUCAGAUCAGCGUGUUAA